UACAUGAGAAAGAAGGACAACAGAAGGGGCAUCCGGUUCACGCUGCUCGUGACAGGACCCCAAGGAACCGGGAAGACGUCGUUUGUGAACUCGUUGCUCGACCAGAACAUCCUGCCGCACAGGUUCGAGACGAAGUCGGACAAGACGAUUCCGAAGACAAUCACGUUCUCGAACCUGUCGGCGGUGACAGCGUCGAAGCUGGAGCAGACGUUCGACCCUUCGCUGGCAGCGCAGGAGCCCGGGAUAGCGAUCACGGAGACGUCUGUGGAGAUCAUCGACGAGGACGACUCGAAGAUCCUGUUGACGGUGAUCGACACGCCUGGCUUUGGCGACAACCUGGACAACAGCAUCUGCAUCAGCGAGAUCUGCAACUUUUUGGAGCAGCAGUUCGACUUUGUGCUUGCGGAGGAGACCAAGGUGAGAAGAAACCCGAGGUUCGAGGACACCCGGGUGCACGUGUGUCUCUACUUCAUCGAGCCCACGGGCCACGGCUUGCGGGAGUUGGACGUGCAGACGAUGCUCAAGAUGUCCAAGUACGUCAACAUCAUCCCGGUGAUCGGGCGGGCGGACUCGUUCACCCGGGCCGAGCUCACCAACUUCAAGAGAAACAUCAACGAGAGCAUCGAGCGGUUCAAGAUCCCCGUGUUCCAGUUCCAGGCCGAUGAGUCCGAAACAGACCCGGAGGCGAUCGAGGAAUCCCGCUACUUGUCGCAGCUGCAGCCGUUUGCCAUCGUCACCUCCGACACCGAGUCGGUCAUCGACGACAGAAAGACCCGUGUCCGGAAGUACCCUUGGGGAACAAUCGACAUCAACGACACAAGCAUAUCCGACUUCGCCAUCCUCAAGUCCGUGCUUCUCGGCUCCCAGCUCCAGGAGCUGAAGGACAUCACCCACGACUUCCUGUACGAGGCAUACAGAACAGAGAGGUUGUCCGGCGUUGCGGACUUGAAAAACGACUUCAGCGACUCAGUCAGCGGGGGGAUCAACUCCAGCGAGCCGCCUUCGAUGUCAAACUUGGCUGAGAUCGCCAAUUCGAGAUCGAUGGCCAAGUUUGACCUCCCAAAGAGACAGAUCGACGACUUGAGCACCAGUCUCUCAAAGUCGACGAUCCAGGAAGAAGGCGACGACACCCAGCACGCCGACAGCGAUGAGAUCAACGACGACGACAUGAUAAACGACGACACGUCCAAGGCCGUCAAGCGCAAGAGCAUGGACUCGGGUCUUUCCGAGUCAGCCUCGCAGUCUACUCUGGCCAAGCCUCCGGCUGCCCCAGCCACAGAGAAAAACAAGUUGCGGAAAAUCAGUGAGACCGUUCCAUACAUGUUGAGACACGAAACACUCCGCAGCAAGCAGGCCAAGCUCGAGGAGUUGGAGCGUCAGAAUGCCCAGGAACUGGCCAGACGGGCCGCCGAGCUCGAGCGCAAGGCCAGAGAGUUAAAACUACGUGAAACUACACUCCGGGAGCGUUUGAACAAGACCAGGGAGCGGGAAAACCUCUCCGAGGUUACGUCAACCCGCAACCAA